AUGGAGGGUGUCGCACCUGUCUUCGGUCAGAAGAAGAAUAUCGGGGCUAUACCAAACGGCAAAACAUUGAUGCGAUCCUCGCCUUCGUCAAAUUCUGAAAUGAGCCACACUUUCGAUCUAUCCUCAGGCGCCGCCUUCUGCGUAUUUCUAGCCGUCAAUCUGCUAGCCUCUACAUACGCCCCUAUACAGGACUGUGACGAAGUGUUCAAUUACUGGGAACCAACGCACUACAUUGUCCAUGGGUUCGGCCUACAGACUUGGGAGUACUCGCCCGAGUAUGCCAUUCGAAGCUGGCUAUACGCCUUGAUCCAUGCAAUACCUAGCAAAGUUGCGGCUGUCUUCGUUUCGAAGAAGGUCUUCGAGUUCUACUUUGUUCGUGGGGUGCUCGGAUCGAUCUGCGCAGGCUGUGAGACGCGCCUAUUCUCUACCAUUUCACAGACAAUGAAUCCGAGGAUUGCUGUGAUCUUCUUGCUCGCUAUGGUAUCAAGUUCUGGGAUGUUCCAUGCAUCAGUGGCGUACCUGCCUUCAAGUUUUGCGAUGUAUACCGCAAUGAUGGGCGCAGCAGCGUUCAUGUACGUCAAAAAUGGAUUGAAAACCACCGAGGGAAUCAUGUGGUUUGGCAUUGGAGCAACUGUCGGGUGGCCAUUCUCCGCAGCUCUCAUUCUGCCGUUCGUUCCUGACGAAUUGGCAUGUCUAAAGCGGACUUCCGAUAUAAACGGGGUAGCAUCCAGGGUCCUCGGUGGUGUGUUGAGGACCUUGGCCAUAGUGUCUCUUCAGUUGGCUGUCGAUCUGUUAUUCUACGGCAAGCUUGUGUUUGUCCCUUGGCGCAUUGUAUCCUACAACAUCCUCAGUGGCUCAUCACGCGGGCCCGAUAUCUUUGGAACUGAACCCUGGCACUUCUAUAUCCGCAAUCUACUUUUGAAUUUUAAUGCAUGGUUUCUGCUUGGUAUGUGUGCCGGACCGCUUCUUGGGCUGCAGCUUCUAUUUACUCGUCUGUCCUCGACAAGAUGGACAACCUUGAGAAGCAUGAUGAUCAGUACUCCAUUCUAUAUGUGGCUUACCAUUUUCUCUGCCCAAUCUCACAAAGAGGAGAGAUUCAUGUAUCCCGCGUAUCCUUUUCUUUGCCUAAACGCUGCCAUAGCCUUGCACACUGUGCUCAAUUACUUGGGACAUCUGAGCCCAAAAAGCGUUAUUGGCAAAUGUUCAGCAAAGGUAAAAUUGGCCCUCGUUAGCGGUUUUGUGCUUGCCAUUGCUACCGUUGGAAUUUUGAGGACCUUGGGAACCGUGAGCGCGUAUAGCGCCCCUCUCGAAAUAUACAAACCAUUGCAGAGCCCAGAAUACGCCGACAUGCAAGGCAACGUCUGCCUGGGAAAAGAAUGGUAUCGGUUUCCUUCAUCUUACUUUCUGCCAAAGAACAUGCGACCCAAGUUCGUCAAGAGCGCCUUUGAUGGCUUGCUUCCUGGCGAAUUCAGCGAAGGAGGGACCGUCUCUGGAAUCCUUCCUACAUGGCUUAUACCUCCUGGUAUGAACAAUCAGAAUAUUGAAGAUCCGGGCAAGCACGUCGAUGUUGGUCAUUGCUCGUUCAUGGUGGAUUCGACCUUCCCUGGAUCCGAGUAUUCGAUGCUGGAGCCGAAUUAUAUCGUCGAUGGGAAGAACUGGGAGCAAAUACUGUGCCAUAAGUUUCUCGACUCCUCGCAAACCCAUCCAUUGGGUCGCAUCCUCUGGUUACCUGACUGGGAACUCAUUCCAGCGAAGUUUCGAAGAAAAUGGGGCAGGUAUUGUCUGUUACGGCGAAAGUCGGCCACUGCUUGA